AUGGGCCGACACGAAAGCGAAAAUGGAUCGCGCAGUUCGGCGACGCAGGAUGCCAACACCUCAAGACGUCGUAAGUCAAUGCCUGGCCGAUCUUUGAGCUUGCGCUCUGCCAGUGUACCACGACACCGGCCGCCCAACCACCAGCCGCCGUCGAUGCCGCCAGCCUCUCCGGAGCUCAUUUCGUCUUUAAUAUCGUCGCUGUCCACCAUCUCGACGCCUGCUCAGACUCAUUUCGACAAUCUCCCGCAUAUAGGCUCCUCCAAAGUAGGCUCUCGGACGGUUCCUUCAUCGCCCAGCCUUUUGCAGACCGAGUUCACCCAACUCAUCGGCCAGCAGAACACGCCGGAUAAUGGGUUCGGCAUGGACUACGGAGCGUACAACCCCCCAGCUGGAGACAGCCCGUUCCUACACCCUGACGAUGCUGCCAUCCCGCCUGUAGUUCGGAUGGCCCCAGCUCCGGCGCCCGCAUCGCCUCGUUCGCCUCGUUCUCCGCGCUCUCCCCGCUCUCCAAAAAUGAAAUCUAGCUUUGGGCGGGAUGCUUCUCCUCUACGGCCAACUUCCAGGGGCUCCUGUACUUCUUCGCGCGCCGCUCUUGAAGACCAACCUCUGUCUGGCUUUGGGAUCAUUUCGACCGGGCCUGCCUCUCGGACUUCGCGCGCCACCAGUAUAGCUUCCUCAAGUUCCGGUGGGAGGAGAAGUUUAAGAAAUGGAUUGGGCUUGCUCAGACGGUCGUCGCGGGAAUCAACCCGAGAAAAGGAAAUUGACCGCGGCGUGAGAUCUCCGAGCUACGAGGAUGGCUUCAUGCCUAGGUCCGCUCGCAGCAGGACUAGCUUGAAGUCGAAACACUCCAUGGCAGAUCUAGUCGAGGAAGGCAAUUCCAAGGCUCCAAUCGGUCUUGGCUCCAGGAAUGACACCAGCUUGCCGGGAUCACCACGAUCUCCGAUGCUAGCUACAUCCUUAUCUAGUCCCGGUGGCAUUGGAAGCGGACGGAUGAUCCCCACGCGCGAAUCAUCUCUUCGGCAUAGCUUCAACAACAGCCAUCAUCGUGCGGGACGAUCUAGUGAGAGCUCUCAAGCAAAUGGCAAAGAAUCUAAGCAGACUCCCAACAUGACCAAAGCCGAUGUAAAGGAUGCAACCGAGCAGACCACAAGGCGGAUCCAACAGGUCAAGGAGCAACAGCAAAGAAUUAAGUCUGAAAUGAAGGAAGCACAGGAAUCGCCGCGACCCUCUAACGCCUCUAAUAACCGGCCUACAAUACCUCGGUCUACUACUGAGCCGAUACCAAAUCAAUGGACCAGAGAAAGACCUGCUCCCAUUCCGAAAAACACGAAUCGGACCGAAGAAGAUCCAUUCGAGGAAAGUGCUCCGUCCCCAGCGAUUCAGACUCGGAGGACACGAGACAGAAAAUCGAAUUCGCAAGACAAGCUCGACGGCCCAACCAGCCCUACCCCGAAAUCUCAUAAACGCCAAUCGUCCGGAGCAUUCCCCCGUCCAUCGAUUACGGAGGAACGACCUUCUAGUGCCGACUCGAUUGAUCUCGCUAUCGACUCUUAUGUUGCUUCGCCACGGUUAACCCAAAAAGUUCCCCAUCCACAAUCGGGGCGCUUGAUCGCAUUCUCUGAGGUUGGAGAUCCUAAAGGGCACGUGGUAUUCUGCUGUUUGGGCAUGGGGCUUACCAGAUAUCUGAUGGCAUUUUACGAUGAAUUAGCCCGCACGCUCAAAUUGCGAUUGGUGACUCUGGACCGGCCCGGCGUGGGAGAGAGCGAUCCUUCCAUGGAAGGAGAGGGGACUCCUUUAAGUUGGCCUGACGAUGUUGCCAUAGUUUGCAAUCACCUCAAGAUCACUAAGUUCUCGAUUCUAGCUCACUCUGCUGGUGCCAUCUAUGCGUUGGCAACUGCUCUACGAAUUCCGCAACAUGUCCGGGGCCGGAUUCAUCUCUUGGCUCCUUGGAUACCUCCAUCGCAGAUGACCAACCUGGGAACACACAAGGAGCCACUUCCCAACAAUGCGGUUCCAUAUUCACAGAGGAUUCUGCGAGCACUGCCAACUCCUAUCCUCAAAGUUGCCAAUUCGAGUUUCAUGAGUGCUACAAGCAGCAGCAUAACAACUAGCCUGCCCAAGUCGCCUCGACGCAGCAAACGGAAAAGCAUCGGCAAAGAAACGCCGGCGCCGAAUGCGUCUGAGCUCACAUCAUCAGAACAGGCCAGCGCUGUAAAGAAAGAUGUUGCUCAGGCAAGAGAACGCCAUUCAACCAACGACAUCCGCCGCUCCGCGACUACACAGUCCCCUUCACUGAGAAAUGCCGAGGACUUCGCGCUGACGGCCGAGCAACAAAAAGAACGGCAAAGCGAGUACGACACGCGACUGACCUAUCGAAUCUGGGAGUUGGCCACGACCAACGCCAACCCGGCGGUUGAUCUACUAGUCUGUUUGGAGCGUCGGCAGACGAUUGGAUUCCGGUACGUGGACAUCAACCGCGAGGUGGUGAUCCACCACGGCAACAAGGACACGCGCGUCCCCGUCGAUAAUGUGCGGUGGCUCGGCAAGACUAUGCGCCGCUGUGAAGUGCGCGUGCUCGAAGACGAGGGCCACGGGUUGAUGGCGUCGGCGAUUGUCAUGAGCAACGUGCUGAGCGAAAUGGCCAAGGAGUGGGAGGACUGGACCACGGUCGUUCAGGGGAAGCGAAAUCGCCGCACGACUAUUACGCAUCACUCGUCUCGAUCCGGGAUACUAGCUACAUAG